UAUCCAAGCAUAUGUUUCACUAAUUGGGAAGGGGUAAAAUGGCUAUAAAUUUGCACGAUUACUGUUGUUUGGAUGUUUUGGAAGUUGGAUACAGAAUUGAAAAUUUAUUUUCCAUUUUGACAAUUUUCAAGUAUUGAACAGACUCCAAAGAUGUUCAGAGGAUUUCUCAUAUUCACGAUAACAAUACUCUUGUUAAACGGAACUUCCGGUAAAAGAUGGACAAGAAAAUCGCCAUAUAAUGGCAAUUGUGACUCACAUCCCGAGUGUCCGGAUGGUACAGCCUGUUUAAGACCUGGCUUUGGCAACGCUGCCGAGGCUGCACAAAAGAAAUGCUACAAUUGUCCCUGCAUGGAGCCGGAACAAUGUUACGUCCAAGAUAGGUUCCUUGCUUGCAAUUGUACAGACUCUGGGUUCACUGGAUGUUAUUGCGAAACAAACAUUGACGAUUGUGACCCGAAUCCAUGUCUGAACGGUGGCACGUGUAUAGAUGGAGUAAACAACUAUACUUGCACGUGCGUAGAUGGAUGGAGUGGUCGUAACUGCGAAGAAUCCAACGUUUGCUUCUCAAACCCGUGCGGCAAUGGUGGCACGUGUGAUGUUGGAGAAGACGAAGAUUACGUCUGCCUAUGCCCUCCUGAAUUUGGUGGAACAGACUGUGAAGAAUCAUGCCCAGCCGGUUGGCACUUUUUCGAAAGUAGCUGCUAUUUCUUCAGUGAUACUCUUGUUAACUGGUUUGACGCGAGGGACGACUGCAUUGAUAUUGGAGGCGGCCUGGUAGAGAUCAAUAAUCGGAGAGAGAACAAUUUCGUAAGGGACUUAAAAGAUAUAAGAGCUUGGAUUGGAUUGAAUGAUCUAACGACCGAAGGCGUUUAUGUCUGGGUAUCGAGCGGAAAUGCGGUGGGGUACAUGAAAUGGGAAGAAUUUGAGCCGAAUAACCAAAAUGAUAAUGAGGAUUGUGUGGAGAUGUAUGACUCUGGUCUCUGGAACGACGCAGAUUGUACUCUUCUCAUGGCGUACGUUUGUGAACGAGCAAGCACGCCUCCCUCUUAAAUGACGUCAUCAUAUGGACAUCAUUAAGAUAAGAACGCUACAAUAACAACAGAUGAUCCAGUCAACUAAAACACACAAAAUACGUCUACAGUCAUCAAAUAUAAUAACUUUAUAAUACUUACAGAAUCUUUUUACAAUUAUUUUGUUCAGAUUAAAAUGAUUUUCAAUUACUUUUAGAUUCAGAAUAAACAUCAAGUCAGAUAA